GUUUGAGUCGGAGCCUGAGAAACAUCAACCCCGCCCACUGAAGUCAUGUGGUUGUGUGUUUCUGUUCAGGCCUGUCCUGCUGUUUAGACUUGUGAUUUUGACACUGACAGCGCUUAUGUUGGACUACAGUCACACUCCUAGUCAAAAGUGAAUGCGACGAGCUAAUUUUAAGCCACCGACUGACUGUAAGUGGCCGGUGACUUGUGCAUACUGGAAGGGGACUUGGGGGGAAGCUGAUACCGUAUUCAGUUUCCCCCCUGCUCCGAUGAAAUGGAGAUUACUUCGGAGGAAAAAGCCGAGGAACGCAGGAGGGAACACUGGAAGCUGCUGUCUAGUCUGAAGACCACGGUGGAGGGCCUGGUGUCCAGCAGCAACCCCAACGUGUGGUCUCGCUACGGGGGUCUACAGCGGCUGCACAAGGACAUGGACCACAUCCUCAGCCACGGCCUCAAGCACGAGCAGGUGUACUACAAGCAGAAAGACUACUGGCCCUUCGUGUGGCGUGUCCGCUCCGUCAGCCCUCACCUGGCCUCUCAUGUAGAACAGUUUAGUAAGCUGGAGCCUGUGCUGAGCAGUGGGCUGAAGAGUGUUGGGGAGGGUUACAAGGCCGAGCGCUGGCUGCUGCACAGCCUACAGGUCCACCUGCUGUCAGCCCAGCUCCGACCCCUGCUCAAACACCAGGGACACACGAGCAAGUACUACAACGUGGAGGCCUUUCUGCUGAGUGAGCCCCAUGUGACGGCCAUGUUCCAGUGUCUGGAGGCUGUGGAGCAAAACAACCCCCGUCUGCUGGCCCUUGUCAACACAGUUAAGCUGUCCACUCUAAUGUGCUCUCCAUACAUGGAGGGCCUGUUGAAGAGUCAGAGUCUGGGUGUUCUGCCGGGGGGCGGCUGGAGGUCCGGGGAAGGUCAGGGUCCCCCCAGAGGGGAGCUCAACCACAGGCUCACCACCUCCCAGUGCUCCCUCCCCCACCGAGACGGAGGACUCACGCCCAACAGUAAUAACCCAGGGGCCAUCUCGGAGAGCAACUCAGACUCCACUCCUGCCGCUAGGGCCUCGGGAGCCCCCUGGGGGUGUGUGGGGGGGUCCGAGGGAGAUGGCGAAAGGGGCAUGAGCCCCCCUCCCGGUCCCUCAGUGUUGAUCCCCUCCAUCGCCCUGACAGAGCCUGCCUCCCCAUGCCCUGCCCACUCCGACGCCCUAGACUCUGGCGAGGGCGACUACGACGACGGCCCCGAGUAUCUGGCUAUCGGUAACCUGGGGCAUCGUAGCAAUCGCCGCGACUCCCAAAGCUCCACCCCCGGUGGCGAUCCUUGCGGCGGCGAAUCGGAUGGUGAGAUUCAGGUCCAGUCCCCUGGAAGGAGCUCCUUGGCUUCGGUCCCACCUCCCACACCUCGAAGGUCAUCCUUUUCAGAGGGUCAGAGAGAGCCGGGUCGGGGGGGCAGCAGAGGGCACGUCCGCUCAAUGUCCGACACAGGGAUCAACAGCAAACAUAGACAUGGAGGGGGCCACAGGAAAAUCAGCGUUAUAAUAGAGGAUCCUGUAGCAGAAUCAUUGGUUGCGGAGGACUGUCGUUUGGAGGACUACAGCCCUUUCUCCCUUGGCAGCAGUGAUGGCAGUACACCCAGUUCCCUCUAUAUGGAGUCUAACGGCUCCCAGUACAGCAGUGUUCCAGACUGCAUGUUCCGGAAGCCGCUGGAGGGACAGAGCCUCAUCAGCUACCUGUCAGAGCAGGACUUCGGCAGCUGUGCUGACCUGGAGAAGGAGAACGCCCACUUCAGCAUCUCGGAGUCUCUGAUCGCCGCCAUCGAGCUGAUGAAGUGCAACCUGCGGCGGCGGGUGGUGUUGGACGACGAAGAGGAGGGUGACGACAGUGACUCAGAGAUCCGGCAGCUCAAACAGAAGAUCCGGCUGCGUAGACGCCAGAUCCAGCGGACCCGCCUGCCUCCCUCACAGCGCUUGUUCCAUUCAACAGACAGUGGAUGCUCCCGCAGGAGCUCCCAGGAUUCCUUUCACCUGUCCAACUCCGGCUCGGCCGAGGAGGUGGAGGAGUGCGAGCUGAAAGAUGCAGACAUAAAGCGCGGUGUGACAUCCAGUGGCCGCUCUUUCCUCGGAUCAGAAUCUAUUUCUCCGUCGUUCCUCCAGUCUAACUCUGCUGAGUCGGUGGCCAUGGGCCUGCUCAGGCAGUUUGAGGGCAUGCAGCUCCCUGCAGCCUCGGAGCUCGAAUGGCUGGUCCCAGAACAUGAUGCACCACAGAAGCUCCUGCCCAUCCCUGACUCCCUGCCCAUCUCUCCUGAUGACGGGGAGCAUGCUGAUAUCUACAAGCUGAGGAUCCGAGUGAGAGGGAACCUGGAGUGGGCCCCGCCGCGACCCCAGAUCAUCUUCAACAUUCACCCCGCGCCCAAGAGGAAGAUCGUUGUGGCCAAGCAGAACUACCGCUGUGCAGGCUGCGGGACUCGCAUAGACCCAGACUACAUCAAGCGAAUGCGCUAUUGUGAGUACCUGGGCCGCUACUUCUGCCAGUGUUGCCAUGAGAACGCCCAGGCAGUGGUGCCGGGACGUGUGCUGAGGAAGUGGGACUUCAGCAAGUACUAUGUCAGCAACUUUGCCCGGGACCUGCUGGGCAAGAUAUCAGGAGACCCCCUGUUCAACCCUAACGACAUCAACAGUGGCCUCUACAAGAAAACCAAAGCCCUGGAGACUGUCCGGGUUUUGAGGGUCCAACUAUUCCACAUGAAAAACCUCUUUAAGACCUGCCGCCUAGCUAGAGACGUGCUGGACCAGUUCGACAGCCUCCCUGGUCACCUGACUGAGGACCUGCACCUGUUCUCCCUCAGCGACCUCAACGCUGUGCGCAACGGAGAGCUGGCCCCCCGGCUACGAGAGCUUCUGAAAUUGGGUUCCGCGCACGUGGCUGGCUGUGUGCUGUGUCAGGCCAAGGGCUUUGUGUGUGAGUUCUGCGGCAACGACAAAGACAUCAUCUUCCCCUUCCAGUUGAACAAGUGCACGUGCUGCGAAGAGUGCAAGGCGUGUUUCCACAGCAAAUGUUUUCAGGCAGGCAAGGAGUGCCCGCGGUGCCAGCGCUUGGCAGAGCGGCGGGAGAGGAUGGCACGCAAGAACAUGGAGGAGCAGGAGGAUGAGGAGGAGGACGAGGGAGGCGGGAGCUAGGACGACGAACUGAGGAAACGAGGGUGGCGGGGAGCUAGGACGACGAACUGAGGGAACGAGGGUGGCGGGGAGCUAGGACGACGAACUGAGGAAACGAGUGUGGCGGGGAGCUAGGAAGACGAACUGAGGAAACGUGGGUGGCGGGGAGCUAGGACAACGAAGUGAGGAAACGAGGGUGGCGGGGAGCUAGGACAACGAAGUGAGGAAACGAGGGUGGCGGGGAGCUAGGACGACGAACUGAGGAAACGAGGGUGGCGGGGAGCUAGGACGACGAACUGAGAAACGAGGGAGCUGGAAAAGAUGGAAAAACCAAGAGCACAACAUGACAAUGAUUGUAGGGACCUUAUUCCUUCAACUCCUCCCUCCAUUCAUCCCUCUUUCCCCUGAAAGUCCAGCUUCUGGAUAGUGGAUGAGCUCUGAUGGUUUGGAUUCUUGCUUUUGUUUUGUGAAUGUCUUGCCAAUACGCUAAAUAACAUAUUAUAUUAACAUAUUGGCUGCUUUUAUGGUUUUCUGCUCUGAUUGCAGAUAUCCAUCGUAUGAUGUAGUCCUGCCAUUUAUGUCAACAAGUUGAUCAAUUUAAAUAGAACAAGGAAGGUAGAAGUACUGAAAUCAACCACAACAAAUAAAAAAUAAAAAAUCCCUUUAAUA